UAAAGGUUCCAAGCCAAUUAGUUUUCAGCCAAUUACCCAUUCCACUCCCGGCGAUACGAUACUCGGUCAGAGACAAAGAUUGUUAGGGUUUUUGCCCCUUCCUCAGUUCCCCCUGCCUCUUCUCGCCGCUGCCUUUUUACAGCCGUUUCUCCGCCACCCAUUCGGUGGCUUGCCCUCAUUCAGCAGUUGGUUGGAAAUGCAAGAUCCAAGGAUGCUACAGUCUGAGGAAAACUUGAAUCCAAAGAUACGGAAAAAGAAAAUAUCAACCCAAAAGACUUCUUUGUUUCAUUUACAAGGAAAUGAUGUCAAAGAGGUUCAUGGGGGACAAGGGUCUUUGUCACUGAAAACAGGGCCAAAAACCUCCAAGAGAAACUUGAAGAAUGAGGUUUCACCAUUGUCCCAGCAGCCGGAGAGAUCCAACUCCGAUUCAUUGCCUGAUUCUUCUACAUCUGGAGGUGAGUACCGAGCAUUGAGACGGAAGUAUUUGUUGCUCGAAGAAGAGAGCUUUGCACUGGGGGGAGAGCUGAGAGAGAUUGAAGACGAGGUCAAGACCCUUGAAGAUGAGAAGCUUGUGCUGUUGGACCAGCUUGUUGUGUUAGAAGGCCUACUUGAUCCUUCAGAGUUGCAGUCGUAGAUGUUGUACAUACCUUUGGCCUAAUCCCUUUACAUCGAUAACAAUUACCAUGAUACUCAGUAUAAUAGUAAUGUUCAAAGAUGAAAGUGUAGGUCGAGAGUUGACCCCUUUCUGUAAGUUCCAAAUUCUCUGUAUUGUCUUUAAUCAUCAAAUAUGAGAUCCUACCAAAGUUGAAGGACUA